AUGGAAUGUAUUAAGCGCAACAUCGGCCAUCUUUGCACCAAAGAUGAGCGUCAACCAAGAGCCAAACGAUCAAAAACUGAGCACAAAGACAAGACCGCCGCCAAGAAUGGUCCACCAGCGGAUGGGGACGAUGAAGCCGAAGCAGAGGAAACAGCGCGACUUUUGGAGCAUUUCGUCGAAGGAGUUCCUCGUCCAAAUGCAUGUCUGCCCGGUUUCUUUGGGCAAACACCAUCGUCAGUGGCGCCAGACUUUCCGAACCGGUAUUGGUCGAGUAAUGACCCCAAGCGACAUGGUGAAAAGCUCGCCUUGAUCCGAGAGAUUGUCGACGCGAUGCCGGAGCCGGAGAUGAUUCAUGUUCUUUUUCAAGUCUUUGUCACUCGUUGCCAAGGUCCCUUGGGGAAUGUGGUCCAUACUCCGACGUUCAUGAAGCAAGGUGAACAGUUUCGCGAUUGCUUAAGUCUUACUUCACCGGACUCGCGGGUCUUGGCCAUAUCCAGGACAAUUUCUAUGGAGACACUGGGCUGUUUCCUCUUGGCGCUGGUACUCGGUCUCGCUUUUCAUCCUUCACCUUCUCUACUAGGUUGGACUCCUACGCAUUUUGCUCUACGUGUGGAGGAGUUUAGAGCAUCCGAUCUGCGCUCCAGGACGUGGAGGUCGCUGGGCUUGCGCUGUCUCCACGACGGAGUGUCUUUCUUUUGUGGCUCAAUCGCCGGUUUACAGGCCGCAAUUAUGCUUUUGCUGGACGGCAAGGAGGGCUUGUUGGCGCUGGACGCUGUUCUGGUCACUGCGAUUUCUGGAGCCCGCAAACUCGGUCUGCACCGUUUGGGUGACAUCAAGCUGGACGUCUCUGAAGCGCACUCUGUACCCUUGGAAAAUGGCACGUCAUCACCUGCGGAACAGCCGCAUAUUCGAACGGAAAUAGGUAUUCGCAUUUGGUGGGCGCUCGUACAAAGAGAUUGGUCGCGCGGUCAGGCCCUCGGCUACUACACCGUGCAUCCAUCGCAUUUCAACACUCGGAUGCCGUUGCACAUCGAUGAUGAUGAUCUCUGUCUGUCGACGUGGAGGGUAAGUGUCAAUGGCGAAAUCACGGAGCGGCCCCGUUCCGAGUUCACGAUGCUGUCGUACACUGUCCACGCCCAUGAACUCGCCACCAUUGUACGCGAAUCUAUCGAUCUAUGGGGAUCAGUGACUCAGCAGCCCGAUGCGACCACUGAAUUGGCCAAGUUGCGCAAACAUCUCAACAACAAGUACGAAGAGUACAUGGCGGGUUUGCCGUCGCAUUUUCGAUUGGGAAGCACUGUAGGCCUCACGGCCACCGGUCCAAUGAUAGCGAUCCCCGUGCACCGAUGGAUGUUGCACCAGCAACUCUGGAGCUUACUCCUGCGACUCCAUCGAGCCAAUCUGUCAUCUCCGAUUUGCCGUGCUUCCUGUCAGCUUCUGGCCCAAAACAUUAUCGGCACCCAAGCUCAGAUCCAGUUGCGAUGCGCUGUUUGCGGCACGCUGUCGACCAGCGACACCCAGCUAUUCAAUGCGGCCGUUGUGUUGCUCCUCGAUCUGCUCUUCACGCCCAAGCAAGCGGAUGCGGACAGUGCCAGUGCACACCUCAGCCGAGUGAUGACUCGCGACAAGAUCAGGGAAGCGAUCGAAUUAUUACGGACCAAGAGCAUAACGGAAGGGUCGUCUCUUCAGGAUCUCCACUUGGAGCAAGUCAAAGGGUCUGCUCAGCGCGGUGUCGUUGCUCUGGAAGCCUUGAUGAAGCUUGAAGAAGAAGACUCCGACAAUAGCGCUAAAAGCUCCCUAAGGCUCAAGGUUGCUGAUAUUAUCAGAGGGUUGAGCGGAAGCGUCAACCCUGCCACCGCACCCGCGCAAGAGCAGCAGGGCUCCUUUGACGGCGUUUCGCCGUGUGAUGUUUCGGUGCCAUUUGCCAAUGUCUCUGAGGGGUUCCCUGACUUGGGCGUGCUGCCGAUUCUGUCCAAUGGUCUCAGCCCUAAUUUUUGGCAAUUCUUGGACUUUCCCCCGCCCCCAUUUGAUGAUCACACUAAGGAGGUCUCGUGUGCUACUCUGGGGUACUUGCCUGGCCCCCUUGAGGCGAGGACUUGUCAAUUUGGCGAUUCAUAUAGUAGUACUCCUGGCACUCGUAUGAAUGACACAUCUCCGUCUCUGCAGACUGAACUGAUUGGAACGGGUGGAGGGAGUCACUCCGCCACGACUCCUUCGAGCGCCGAUGCCUACGCCGCUGAGUUCUAUUAUGCCAUGGGUGACGGCGCUGUGGCCUCUAUGGGACGCUAG